AUGGGACCAGAGCCAGUCAUUGAAUGCCAAGGCCCUCUUCACAGCAUCUUUGAGCUGGUCUACAAAAGAAAAAUCCCCGUCACUUCUGCCUUUUUCCCCUUGAUGAAGGACAAUCACGUUAUAAGUCUUUGUCGAACUCUGUCAUUAUGGCAAGCCCUGCAUAAUUUGGCACAGUUGCUUUUCCGUCUCCCGCACCUAGUGGACAGUUCCAACGUCAUUCUCAGGUCUAAAUCCUACAUGGUUUGGGAGAAGAUUUACACUUGGGUUCCUGUUGCCUUGGGAUUGACUGAAACGGAAACUGUCCAGAUAACCCCAGUUGAGAUCCGAAGUGUAGUGAACUUGCUGAGGACAGACUUGAGCUGGAGUAUUGCCCACUGUUUGGUCAUCAUGGACUAUUAUCACCUGUUCUCAAUCAAAAGACUUCAGGCACAUUUGGAUGAGUUGGACAAUUCAGGAGAUGCACCAAUACAUUUGGCCAUGAAACUGAAAAGAAUCCAGUGCUUCAAAGCCCUGAUUGCAAAAGGUGCAAGGCUUGACAUUUUAGAUAAAGCUGGCAACACUAUCUUCCACUUUGCGGCAACUCUGGGCACUGAUUGCAUGGAGGCUUUGGGACCAUUCAAAUAUUCCCCAUUGAUCAACAUGUUGAAUGAUAAGCACCUGUCUCCAACAGAGUUAUUGGACACUGUGUUCUACCUGUUGAGGUUUGGUUCUGACCCAAACAUGGCUAUGUAUGGGGGAAGGAACACUGCCCCACCUGUGAGAACUGCUGGGGAUCUCUUUGGAUGCAAAGCAAUCACCAGGUUGUCCCGGUUUGAUCCUAAAUUGUCAGGGCAACUAUUUGAGGACAUUUGCAGCAAGUACUAUGAUGAAUUUUAUGCUGUGGAGAUGAAAUUUGGUGGGAAUCCUUUGCAUUGGAUAAGGUCCAGAAUGCCUGUUUUGGAUCUUAUUCUUUGCCUGGAUGGAGGUGGUAUCAGGGGUCUACUGACCCUGCAAAUGCUGAUGUGCAUUGAAGAUGCUGUUGGAAAAUACCCUCUGAAUUUGCUGUUUGAUUGGGUCUGUGGAACAUCUACAGGGGCAUUUCUGGCCUUGUUAGUGGCAAAAGGGAUGCCAGCCAGGGAUAUUUUGAGAGUUUAUUUGAAUACAAAAGACAGGGUUUUCUCUGGUCCAAGACCAUAUGAUUCACAUCCUCUGGAAGAAACUUUGAAGCUCAUGCUUGGACCUUACACAGUCAUGAGUGACUUUAAUAACUUGAAGGUAUUCAUUACAGCUACUAUGACAGACAGGUUUCCUGCUGAGCUGCAUCUUUUCAGGAAUUACAAACCUCCAAACAUGAUGCUGGGAUAUCCUCUGGACACAAAAUACUUCAGACCUCCAAAUGACCCAGAUUCUGAGUACAUGUGGUUUGCAGCCCAAGCAUCUGCAGCUGCUCCAACAUAUUUCAAGGCUCAAGGAGUGUACUGUGAUGGUGGUUUGGUAGCCAAUAACCCCACAUUGGAUCUCUUGACUGAACUAUGGGAAUUCAAUAUCGCACUGAGAGGUUCUAAUAACCCCAAACAUAGGAUUUUAAGGCCAACAUUGGUUGUUUCUCUGGGCACUGGUUUGAACAUCAUGGAACAGCACAUGGAUAAUAUGGAUAUUGAAUUCCCUGAUAGUGUUGGAGCCCUGAUCAGGACAGUAAACAACCUGAAAACGCUGUUGAAGCAUGUAGUGGAGCUUAGCACUUGCACAGAUUUCCAGGUGAUUACUAAGAGU